AUGACUGAUCAAGACGCACUCCGGGUUCCUGUUUCAUAUGACUGCUGGAAGGAUGUUGGCAGUGAUAUCACCGUGGACACCAAAGACCUGGCUAUCACCCCCACUAUCCCUACCACAGCAAGAAACCCAGACCGCGAGGAUGCUCAAAUGCCUUUUUAUUGCGACUGUUCAAAGUCUUCUGAGAAUGGUAUCACCGUCGAGACCGAAGACCUGGCUGUGGUUUCCACCAGCCCUACCGCCGCUAGCAACAUGAAUGACGAGUCUGUCCAACUUUUUCUAAGUGAAGAUAACAACUGGCCGGAUGAUGCUGCAAGCGACACCGCCGUGUGCACCGAAGACCUGGCUGUCCAAAACAAGCUCCUUCCCACAACUAACGGGCAUAUUGGUGAGCAUGGCAACUGCGAUCACACCGCUCAGGACAAUACAUAUGCUCAACUCUCAUGCCCCGAUACAUCCAAUCAGUUCAUCGACGAGUACGAGUACCGAGAGUUGAUUGGUAGGGAAGAUCCUGCCAUCCAUCAUUGGAACUGGUUUGGAUGGCCAGUUUAUGGACCCACCGCAACCCCACCGGCGGUUUCCCUAGCAUUUAUGCAGGCUAAACCAAAGGUCCCACGGGGAAGGGAUCGACUCCGUGUAGUUUCCAUCAUCAACCGCGCUAUUCAUCAAAUUGAUCCUGUCAUCUUGAGGGUUAACGGUGGAAAUGAAGCAGUUCUACAAAUGCAUGGGUCUGCUCUCGUUGAGGCGUGCAAAGAUGACACUUAUAACCAUUAUUCCCUCCACGGGAACUGGAUGAAUGAUGAAUUCGAAAUGCGGCAAAUUAUCGUUCCAGAUAUCGUUGGGAGACCAGCAGUACGUUCAACCAGCGAUGGAAAUUUUGCAAUUGGCAAUGGUAUUUUUGAAAAUGGUCCCCUUAUUUCUCGAAACGAGUGGGUAGAUUGGCAAGAUGAACUGGUUGCUGCCACCAAGGAGCCCGAUCGAUCCCCUCGGAAAAUGACCUGGAAGCCAUCGCCUUCAAAUCUCAAGAUCGAAUCUAUGGCAUCCGAGCAGCUACCCCUAGACCAGCUUCUCACUUACUCAUUUGUGCCCCUUGAGAUUCUGAGCAACAUGAUCCAAAGGGCGGGGGUCGCCCCAAAGAAAAUGAUCUACACGCCCACCUCUUCUCCUAUUGGAAUCGUGGAAACCGUGACCAGGAAGGCUUGGUCUGGCCGCAAGAUUAUCCCUGGUACACCCUUGACUAUCCGACCUGGGAUCAUGGGUGAUCUCAUCAAGAAGACUUGGCCUACUGCUUGUGAUUCCCUUCGCAGAUCUUUUGCUUUCACCUCGGAAUCAUAG